AUGGAAGGACUGCAACAAAAAUGGAAGGAGUUGUACGCGCAAAUUCUACCGGCCAUGGCAAAAGCCAAAGAUAAGAAGCAGAACUGGCCAGUCCACCUCGAUCACUGCUUCGCGCGCAUUAUACUGGAUAAUGCUGUCGGAAGGGACAAGCCAUGGACGGAAGUCGUCAAGUCUCCGGCGAUCAAGAACAUGUCGGAGCAACAGCUGAAGGAUGCAAUCAAACUUGGCGAAGCGAUUGCUGAUGGGAGUGAGGACAUUAAUCCUCUCAAUGAGCGAAGUCUGGAGCUUCGCGGCAAGAAAGGUCCCGGCAAAAAGCGCAAGUCAGAAGCUCAAGAUGAUGCUACGAGCAAGAAGACCAAGCGAAGCGAAAGUGGCAACAUCUCGACCUACUUCCUACCAUCACCAGCGUCGCCAAAGAAAGACGUCUCCCCUGAGGAGGCUCUCGCUACAUCCCGUGAUCUGGAUAUAGACGUACAGUUGUGA